AUGGUUCCGUAUCUGUCCGGGCAAUUGACCGUGGAGGACGAAGAUACUAUUGCGAAGAGUGUAGGGAGACUGAUCAAAUACUGGAAGCAUUAUGGAGCUGCAGAGGCAAUUAUAUUACGGGGAUAUCCUUACGUGCUGCAAGCCAUCGAGCUUGUUCAACUGCAUUGUAAUGCUCCUUGCCGUGAUUCCGCGACAAUUCAAGCCUAUACGGAAGCUCAAGAUGGAACUAGACCGAGAGUGCCUAUGGGCAAUGCGGAGGGAAAAGUUAUUCAGGCUCUACACCAAUGUGUCCCAGGUAGCGCCAUGACUACGACCUCUACGACAACAUCCAGAGCAGUCUCAUCUACAACUAAGGCGACUUCGACUUUGACCACUUCGUCAACACCAGUUUCAACCGGCUUUCCUAAAGUUAACGGUCUCAAUUUCACGAUCGAUGGAAAAACAAACUACUUUGUAGGAACAAACACUUACUGGCUUGCGUUUUUGAAUAACAAUAGCGAUGUUGACCAUGUUCUGAGUGAUAUUGCAUCUUCUGGUAUGAAGAUUCUCCGAGUUUGGGGUUUCAACGAUGUUAAUACUGUUCCGCCCUCGGGAACCGUCUAUUUCCAGCUCCUCGCGAAUGGCACGGCGACAAUAAAUACCGGCGCGGACGGCCUCGAGAAACUCGACUACGUGGUGAGUUCGGCCGAGUCGUAUGGGAUUAAAUUGAUCAUUCCUUUCGUCAACAAUUGGAAUGACUAUGGAGGGAUGAAUGCGUACGUCAAUGCUUUUGGAGGUUCGCAGACGACUUGGUAUACCAACACCAAUAUUCAAGCGGCCUAUCAAGCGUACAUCACGGCCGUUAUUAGUCGGUAUCGCUCGUCGCCAGCAAUAUUUGCAUGGGAGCUUGGCAAUGAACCACGCUGUAAUGGGUGCGAUACAUCGGUCAUUACUAACUGGGCAAAAACUACGAGUGCUUACAUAAAAUCUCUGGACUCGAACCACAUGGUAACUACUGGGAUCGAGGGAUUUGGUCUUGAUGCCGGAUCAGACGGCUCAUAUCCAUACACGUACAGCGAGGGAACAAACUUUACCGCUCUCCUUUCCCUAUCUGAUAUCGACUUUGGUACCCUUCAUUUGUAUCCCAACAGUUGGAAUGAGCCUUUAAACUGGGGAAGUAGCUGGGUCUCAACUCAUGGAACGGCCUGUGCAUCGAUUGGCAAACCAUGCAUUCUCGAAGAAUUCGGAACGACAUACGACCAAUGCACGUACGAGGCACCUUGGCAGACCGCAUCUCUUGACACGAAGGGCAUUGCAGCAGACAUGUUCUGGCAGUACGGAGAUAUGCUGAGCACGGGGCAAUCGCCGAAUGACGGGAAUACAAUCUAUUACGGCACGGAUACAUAUACUUGUGUUGUGACGGACCAUAUUAAAGCAAUUGGAUAGAGGUUGACAAGUCAAUUUUGUUUCAUAUGACUACCUACCUACAUCGUUGGUAGUUAAUGCCAAGGGUUGAUGAAAUGACGUGUCAAGAGCUAGUCCGAGCUGAUGCAAGGGAAUCACUAUCAACAUAUGCAUUACCAGUUGAUUACUAUUCGAAUCGCUCAUUAAAAUGAAUAACCAUCCAUUGUUCAACCGGGAUACACUGUACGACAAUGAUAAAUACUUCGAGACGCAGGUGAUGCCACUUUACAGCUGAUACCCAGCGCGGAUAACAUGCAUGCGCGCCUGGGCAUCAACCGG